UCCUUCUAGGAGAGUCAUGGCUGGUGCCACCUCCACCAGUGACAGGAAGUGACAUGCGCCGGUGCUGAGUCUCCGAACAUGAUUCGAAUCGCCGCCUUAAAUGCCAGCUCCACAGUCGAGGACGAUCAUGAAGGAAGCUUUAAAAGUCACAAGACCCAGACCAAGGAAGCUCAGGAAGCGGAGGCAUUUGCCCUGUACCACAGGGCCCUGGAUCUGCAGAAACAUGACCGGUUCGAGGAGUCAGCCAAGGCCUACCACACACUGCUUGAGGCCCGCCUGCUGCGGGAGGCGGUCCCGACAGGUGAUGAGCAGGAGGGCCUGCGACAGCCUGGGCUGAUGCUGAAGUACUCCACGUACAAGAACCUGGCAGUGAUGCUGGACUCCACCGAUGUCAACCUGUGGUACAAGAUCGGGCAAGUGGCCAUGAGGCUGGUCCGCGUGCCCCUGGCCCGCCAUGCUUUUGAGGAAGGUCUGCGGUGCAACCCCGACCACUGGCCCUGUCUGGACAACCUGGUCACCAUCCUGUACACGCUCAGUGACUACACAACCUGUCUCUACUUCAUCUGCAAGGCCCUGGAGAGGGACUGCCGCUACAGCAAGGGGCUGGUCCUCAAGGAGAAGAUCCUGCAGGAGCAGCCUUGUCUCCGCAAGGACUCCCUCCGCAUGUUUCUCCGAUGUGACAUGUCCAUUCACGAUGCGUCUGUGAGCCCAGCGGAGACGCAGGCCAUACUGGACGAGGCCCUGGGGCUGCGGAGGAAGCGGCAGGCGCUGACCGUGCGGGAGCAGGUGCCGGACCUGCAGCUGGUGCAGCCCAUCCCCUUCUUCACCUGGAAGUGCCUUGGUGAGAGCCUGCUCGCCACGUACAACCACCUGACCACCUGCGAGCCCCCUCAGCCCAGCCUGGGCCAGAGGAUCGACCUGUCCGACUACCAGGACGACACCCCGCCCCCGGCUGCCUCGCUGGCGGCGCCCCCUGCCAGUGUGAUCCCACCCAGCCCCAUCAGUGCACCCCCGGCAGUGGGAACCUUGGUGGAGCCCAUGUUGCCCUACACGCCCAUGGCGCCUACCAGCUUCCCUCGCCACAGUCCCAGCCUGUUGGAGACCAGCCUGCCGGGGGGCGAUGCUUCCGGGGGCGACCGGUCCAAGAAAGGGGUGAAGCGGAAGAAGCCGGUGGAGGAGAGCGGUGAGACGGCUAAGAGGCGCUCGGCCCGUGUCCGCAACACCAAGUGCAAGAAGGAGGAGAGGGUGGACUUCCAGGAGUUGCUGGCCAAGUUCCUGCCGUCCAGGCUGAGGAAACUGGACCCUGAGGAGGAGGACGGCCCUUUCAGCAGCUAUGAAGUCCUGUCGGAGACCAAGCCAGAGCACUGCCCAGCCACAGGGCUACCCAGGUUGUCUGUGGACUCGGCCACCUUCAUGGAGUCAGAGAGGCAGGACGUGCACGAGUUUCUGCGGGGGAACCUGACCAACGGCGGCAUCCUGGAGCUGAUGAUGCGCUACCUGAAGGCCAUGGGCCACAGGUUCCUGCUGCUCUGGCCGCCCGGCCUGCCCGACGUGGUGCUCAGCAUCUAUCACAGCUGGAGGCGCCACAGCACCAGCCUGCCCAACCCGCUGCUGCGGGACUGCAGCGACACCCACGUCAAGGACAUGAUGCUGAUGUCUCUUUCCUGCAUGGAGCUCCAGCUGGACCAGUGGCUGCUGACCAAAGGCCGCAGCUCUACAGUGUCUCCCCGCAAUUGCCCCGCUGGUGUGGCGAGCGGCAGGCUUGGGCCCGACUUUCCAGGGACCCACUUCCUGGGGGACCUCCUGCAGCUGUCCUUUGCCUCGUCCCAGCGGACCCUCCUGGGGGACAGCUGGCUGGAGUUUGUGGUGCGUGUGUACUGGCUGAAGGCUCGCUUCCUGGCUCUGCAGGGGGACAUGGAGCAGGCCCUGGAGAACUACGACAUCUGCACAGAGGUGCUGCAGAGCUCGGCCAGCCUCCAGGCUGCAGGGGACUCGCAGCGCAGGGACCUGGUUAUCCGCCUGCCCAACCUGCACAACGACUCGGUCGUCUCCCUGGAGGAGAUCGAUAAGAACCUGACGUCUCUGGAGCGGUGCCAGUCCCUGGAGGAGAUCCAGCGGCUCUAUGAGGCUGGGGACCACAAGGCUGUGGUGCGCCUGCUGCGCCCCACCCUGUGCACCGACGCCUUCGACCGGGCCAAGCACCUGGACUUCAUGACAUCCAUCCCUGAGAGGCCAGCCCAGCUGCUGCUGUUGCAGGACUCCCUGCUCCGCCUGCAGGACCGCAAGCAGUGCUUUGAGUGCUCCGACGUGGCACUGCACGAGGCUGUCCAGCAGAUGGUCAAUGCUGGUGACACCGCUGCCAAGGAGGAGUGGGUGGCCACGGUCACCCAGCUGCUGCUUGGCAUUGAGCAGGCACUUUCAGUGGACAGCAGCGGCAGCAUCCUGAAGGAGGCCUCCUCCUCCUCUUCCCCCUCAGGCCUGGCCAGGCUCACCAACAACCUCAUCCAGGUCAUUGACUGCAGCAUGGCCGUGCAGGAGGAGCCCAAGGAGCCCCACGUGUCCUCUGUGCUGCCCUGGGUCAUCCUGCACCGCAUCAUCUGGCAGGAGGAGGACACCUUCCGCUCUCUAUGCCAGCAGCAGCAGCAGCUCCAGAGCCCGCUGGACGAAGGGAUGUCGGAGACCGCCAUGCUGCCGUCGUCCCUCAUGCUGCUCAACACGGCCCAUGAGUACCUGGGCAGGCGGUCCUGGUGCUGCAACUCGGACGGGGCCCUGCUGCGCUUCUAUGUGAGGGUUCUCCAGAAGGAGCUUGCAGCAUCCACCUCGGAAGACACGCACCCCUACAAGGAGGAGCUGGAGACGGCCCUGGAGCAGUGCUUCUACUGCCUGUACAGCUUCCCCAGCAAGAAGGGCAAGGCCCGCUACCUGGAGGAGCACUCAGCCCAGCAGGUGGAUCUGAUCUGGGAGGACGCCCAAUUCAUGUUCGAGUACUUCAAGCCCAAGACGCUGCCGGAGUUUGACAGCUACAAGACCAGCACGGUGUCCGCCGACCUGGCCAAUCUGCUGAAGCGCAUCGCCAGCAUCGUGCCCCGCUCCAGGAGGCCAGCGCUGAGUCUGCACAGAGUGUCCGCCUACAUAGAGGGCACAUUGGCUGAGGUGCCCUGCCUCCCCGACGGGGCCGACCCCUCCCCAGAGGUGGUGAACGAACUCUACUACCUCCUGGCUGAUUACCACUUCAAGAACAAGGAGCAGUCCAAGGCCAUCAAGUUCUACAUGCUGGACAUCUGCAUCUGCCCAGACAGGUUUGACUCCUGGGCAGGCAUGGCCCUGGCACGGGCCAGCCGCAUUCAGGACAAGCUCAACUCCAAUGAGCUGAGGAGCGACGGGCCCGUCUGGAAGCACGCCACCCCCGUGCUGAGCUGCUUCCGCCGCGCCCUGGAGAUCGACAGCUCCAACCUGUCCCUGUGGAUCGAGUACGGCACCGUGUCCUACGCCUUGCACUCCUUCGCGUCGCGCCAGCUCAAACAGUGGAGGGCCGAGCUGCCCCCCGAGGUUGUGCAGCAGAUGGAGGGGCGGCGUGAUAGCAUGCUGGAGACGGCACGGCACUGCUUCACGUCGGCGGCCGGCUGCGAAGGCAACGGGGAAGAGGAGGAGUGGCUCAUCCACUACAUGCUGGGCAAGGUGGCCGAGAAGCAGCAGCAGCCGCCGACCGUGUACCUGCUGCACUACCGACAGGCCGGCCACCACCUGCACGAGGAGGCCGCCCGCUACCCCAAAAAGAUCCACUAUCACAACCCGCCCGAGCUGGCCAUGGAGGCGCUGGAGGUGUACUUCCGGCUUCAUGCAUCCAUCCUGAAGCUCCUGGGCACGGCCGAGGCCGGCGUCAGCGCGGAGGUGCUGGUCGGCUUCAUGAAGGAGGCUGCGGAAGGGCCCUUUGCCAGGGGCGAGGAGAAGAACAUGCCCCGAGCUUCAGAGAAGGAGAAGGCCUGCCUGGCGGACGAGGACUCCCACUCUUCGGCCGGGCCGCUGCCAGGCCCCGGAGGCUCCCUCCCCUCCUCCUCUGGCCCAGGUCUGACAUCCCCACCUUACACAGCCACUCCGAUUGACCACGAUUACGUCAAAUGUAAAAAACCCCACCAGCAGGCGACGUCGGACGAGCGAAGCCAAGACAGCACAGCCGUGGCGCUCUCAGACUCCAGCUCCACACAGGACUUCUUCCCCGAGCCGGCCACCUCACUGGAGGGUCCCCGCAAGUCCAGCGUGGCCGACAAGAGACUGCCCUCGGCCGGCCAGGCAGGAGCCCCUGGGAAAGAGCUUCAGGGGGCCCCAGAGGACAGAGGGAAAUCCGAGGAAUCCUUGGAGAGCUCAGAGGGCUUCCGGGCAGCCGAGCAGGGCAGCCAGCGGCCUGCUGUGGAGCCCCCCACCUCAGUCUGCCACCCUGCCAAGCCCACUGCCCCGGCCCCCUCCUCAUGGGAGACCAGGAGACGGGGGGACCCCGCUGGGGAGCCGGCCACCUUCCCACAGGGGCUGCCGGCCGGUGCCGAGGAACAGCGCCAGUUCCUGACCGAGCAGUGCGUGGCUGCCUUCCGCCUGUGCCUCAGCCGCUUCCCGCAGCACUACAAGAGCCUCUACAGGCUGGCCUUCCUCUACGCCCACAGCAACACCCACCGGAACCUCCAGUGGGCCCGAGACGUGUUGCUAGGCAGCAGUAUCCCGUGGCAACAGCUGCACCACAUGCCGGCACAGGGGCUCUUCUGUGAGAGGAACAAGACCAAUUUCUUCAACGGCAUCUGGCGAAUCCCCGUGGAUGAGAUCGACCGGCCAGGCAGCUUCGCCUGGCACAUGAACCGUUCCAUCGUGCUGCUGCUAAAGGUGUUGGCCCAGCUGGGGGACCACAGCACCCUGCUGAAGGUGUCCUCCAUGCUGCAGCGCACACCCGACCAGGGCAAGAAGUACCUCCGAGAUGCUGACCGCCAGGUCCUGGCACAGCGAGCCUUCAUCCUCACGGUCAAGGUGCUGGAGGACACGCUGAGCGAGCUCGCAGAGGGAUCCGAAUGCCCUGGGACUGAGGCUGCUGGGCUGCCUGGAAUCAGGAUGACCACAGACAUCUCCCACAAGACCAGCCCCGAGAAUGGCCGGGAGGGCCUGCCCCACCCCAAAAAGCCCCUUAUGGCUGAUGGUUCUGGUCUGGGGACCGAGCUUGGGGGCAAAUCGAGUCCCCUCAACCCCCGGGCUGUGGUCCUGGACCCAGGGGACAAUAUGGACCAAAGCAGGGGGCUCAGGGACAAGGAGAGCCCCCGGGCAGGCCCCACAGAGCCCAUGGACAUGGCUGAGGGGGGGGUCCGCCGCCCCCCGCAUGAGUGGGGCCCUGAGAACCGGCCAGCCGAGCUGUCUCUGGAGGAACUAAGCAUCAGCACUGGGCAAGUGCCCCCCUUGGCUUCCCCUGCAACCACACCCUUGCUGCCCUCACUGCCUGGGCCCAGGGCAGGCGGACCCCCUGAGGAACUGGCCCCCAGACCCAGCCGCAAGCGGAAGCUCCUGGAGGACACAGAGUCGGGCAAGACGCUGCUACUGGACGCCUACCGUGUGUGGCAGCAGGGCCAGAAGGGUGUCGCCUACGACCUGGGCCGCAUCGAGAGAGUCAUGUCUGAGACCUACAUGCUCAUCAAGCAGGUGGAUGAGGAGGCAGCGCUGGAGCAGGCAGUGAAGUUCUGUCAGGUCCACCUGGGGGCUGCCGCCCAGAGACAGGCUUCUGGGGACACUCCCACAACCCCAAAGCACCCCAAGGACAGCCGAGAGAACUUCUUCCCUGCGGCAGUGACCCCCACGACCCCCGACGCCCUCCAGCGGCCCAGCGACAGCCACGCCAAGCCCCGGCCCACCUUGGCCACCAUCAGCUGCCUACCCUGUGCCACAGCCGCUACCCCAGACCCAGCUAAGGACCCCGGUCCCCCUCUGCUGCACAGGCCUGAGGCCACCCCAGGGACCCCUGCUCUGGCCCCAGAGGGUGAGGCACAGGCAGGAGCAGUAGAGGACGCCAUCUUCCCGCCUCAGGAGCCCCGGCGCAGCCAGCAGGUGAAGCCGGUGCCUCCAGCAGGGCCGAGCAAAUGGCCCUCGGAGGCUGCGGUCUCCCCAACAGGCGCUGAGCCCACCUGUAGCCAGGCCUCCAGCUCCAAGGCCCCGAGCCCCGGGGGUACCCAGCCGUCUGGAGGCCCCCCGGGCAAGGCUGAGCCCAGCAGGGCCAAGCCACGCCUGCUGCCCAACAUGCCAAAGCUGGUCAUCCCUGCGGCCGCCACCAAGUUCCCGCCUGAGAUCACCGUCACACCUCCCACCCCGACCCUGCUCUCACCCAGAGGCAGCAUCUCCGAGGAGACCAAGCAGAGGCUGAAGUCGGCCAUCUUGUCUGCACAGUCGGCUGCCACCGUGAGGAAGGAAAGCCUAAGCCAGCCGGCCCUGGAAGUGCUGGAGACGUCCAGCCAGGAGUCGUCCCUGGAGAGUGAGACGGACGAGGAGGACGACUACAUGGACAGCUGAGGCCGGCCAGCCCCACCUGCCCCAUAGCCCGCUCCUCACCCCUCCCCACCCCACCCCCGUCUUGUCUUGUUUCCCUUCUUCUAAUAAAGAUGGAACCAGUGUCA